AUGAAUCCGGCUGGAGAGACACUGACUAGCGGGCUGCGGGAAGGAAGGGACGCGGAGGACGGAGGGCGGGUCCUGCCGAGGGCGCAGCGCCAGGCCGGUGCAGGACUCGAGCCCGGGGCGGUACUGGGGAGAACGCAACCGGGCUGCGCGCGGAGCUCGCGAGGUCGGCGCGGCCCGAGCAGCGGGGAGCCGGAGCGAGCCGUCUUCCCCGCCUCCGCCUUCCGGUGGGCGGUCCGGGAGGGGGCGGGGGUCGCGGCUCGGCGCUUCCUUCCUCCGCGUCGGCCGCCGGGCCGCGGGUGGGGCGGGCGCCCCCUGGCGCUGGGCGGCGGGCGAGCGGGGCGCGCGGCGGCGGCGAUGGCGGCGGCGGCCGGGGAGCGCGGGGAGCGCGGGGAGCGCGCGGAGCCCCGGCGCGCCCUGUACUUCUGCGGGAGCAUCCGCGGCGGCCGCGAGGACCGGGCGCUGUACGCGCGCAUCGUGUCGCGGCUGCGGCGCUUCGGGGCGGUGCUCACCGAGCACGUGGCCGCCGCCGACGUGGACGCGCGCGGGGAAGAAGCAGCUGGAGGUGACAGACUCAUCCAUGAGCGGGACUUGGCCUGGCUGCAGCAGGCAGAUGUGGUUGUGGCCGAAGUGACACAGCCGUCCUUGGGUGUUGGUUAUGAGCUGGGCAGGGCCAUGGCCCUCAAUAAGCAAAUCCUAUGUCUGUUCCGCCCCCGGUCUGGCCGCGUGCUUUCGGCCAUGAUCCGGGGAGCAGCAGAUGGCUCACGGUUCCAGGUGUGGGACUACGAAGAGGAGCAGUUGGAGGCCAUGUUGGAUCAGUACUUCGAGGCUGACUCUCCUGAGCGAGUGGCUGCCUCCAGGAACCCAACUGCAUGAGUCAACCUCACUUUACUAAAUCUGAGCCCCGUGCUGUAUCUGAACCAUUCCUGCCUCAGCCUGAGUAGCACAUUAAAAUACAUGUCUAACUUAGGGGCUGGAGAGAUGGCUUAGCGGUUAAGGCGCAUGCCUGUGAAGCCUAAGAGCCCGGUUCAAUUCUCCAGGUCCCACG